AUGUCAGAAGCAGUAACCCCAAGAUCGUCUCCGAAUCUAUCACGGACAUCGAGUCACACUUCUGUCUCUGACCUGGAUGACUCUUACAAGUCCAAAAAGUCAGCUGGCAGAGUACAUUUCGAUAUUUCCAGCUCAGAGCCAGUGUCAAAAGUAUGCUUUGUGGGCGCAGGUUAUGUUGGGGGCCCGACCGCAGCAGUUCUUGCUUUCGCAAAUCCGCAAAUCGAAGUCACUGUUGUGGAUAGGGACGAGGGCAGAAUCAACAAGUGGAACUCAAAGCAUCUUCCCAUUCAUGAACCGGGACUGAACGAUGUUGUCCGCAUCGCUCGAGAUGGAGCGAAUACCAUAACCGUACCACGAGGCACCACUGAAGAAGUGGUCCGUCUUCCAGAGCGCGCACAAAACCUGUUCUUCUCUACCGAGUGUGACAAGCACUUGAGCGAGGCCGACAUCAUCUUUCUCAGUGUCAACACUCCCACGAAGAUGGCCGGUAUUGGUGCUGGCGCCGCCACUAAUAUGGCCAGCUUCGAGUCCGCUGUGAGAUCAAUUGCGCUUGUAGCAAAGUCAGGUGCGAUCAUCGUCGAGAAGAGCACCGUUCCGUGCAGAACAGCGCAGCUGAUUCGAGAAAUUCUGGAUACAUUUCGCCCUGGCGUUCCAUUCGAGAUUCUGUCCAACCCAGAGUUCCUAGCUGAGGGUACAGCCAUUGCGGAUCUCCUCAAUCCAUCGAGAGUCCUGAUCGGAUCCAGCAAUACACCUUCCGGGACUGCAGCGGCUGCAACGUUGAGCCGUGUCUACAGUACAUGGGUUAAGGAGUCUUCCAUCCUCAACGUCCAUCUGUGGUCCUCGGAGCUUGCGAAGCUCGUGGCAAAUGCUAUGCUUGCUCAGAGGAUCAGCAGCAUGAACACCAUCAGUGCCAUCUGCGAGAAGUCAGGUGCCCAGAUCGCGGAUAUCGCUAAAGCUAUAGGUAUGGAUGAGCGCAUCGGAUCCAGAUUCCUGAACGCCGGGCUAGGUUUCGGCGGCUCAUGCUUCAAGAAGGAUAUCCUCAGCUUGUCGUACUUGGCCGAGUCCCUCCAUCUCCCAGAAGUGGCGGAGUACUGGAAGUCGGUCGUUGAUAUUAAUGAAUGGCAGUGUGAGCGAUUUGUCAGGCGAGUUAUCAAGUCCCUGAACGGUUCCCUUGGCCGCAAGAAGAUCACGUUGCUUGGCUACGCCUUCAAAAAGAACACGUCGGACACACGAGAAUCGCAAGCCAUCGCGGUAGUGGGCCAGCUGCUGCGCGAACACCCAGCGGAAAUUGCUAUCUAUGAUCCUUGGUGUGCGCCGGCGGACGUGGAAGCCGAGUUGGGGUCCAUGUUUUUCAACUCGACAGAGCCGCGAGGACCCGUCCGUGCAUACACAGAUCCUUACGCUGCUUGCGCGGGCACUGCUGCCGUUCUCAUCAUCACCGAAUGGGACCAAUUCAGGUACCCAGAGUGUUCCGCAGCCCACUCUGUUGCGGCCGUCGCGAAGGGCCAUAUGCAGACAUCUUUAGCGCAGCUCACAAAUCUCCCUGCCGAUCUGCCAACAUGCCAGCUGGAGGAUGCGGUUCAGGGAUACUACCGUCCAGAGCCCGAGUGCACCACCGAUUGCCAGGGUUGCGCUGCAAGUAUCGAGGCCGACAGCCCAAUGCGCUCGGACAAUCUUAAAUGGGAUGAGAUUGCCCAGGGUAUGAGCAUGCCGAGAUGGGUGUUUGAUGGGCGCGGCGUCGUCGAGCCCAAGGCGCUAGAAAGCUUGGGAUUCAAGGUUGAAAGCGUGGGGAGCGUAGGUUCCCGCUCGCGGCUCGGCGGAUUCGAGGCCAACUGA